AUGGGGGAUGAGAAUGGAGUGGGAAAGAGGGCAAAGAAAUAUGACAGAAAGCUGGCUAUGCAGGAAGGUGGCCAGCAAGAAAUUAUCAGUGACAGGGUAGAAACAUCAAGGCAGAAGGGUGCAACUGAGCAAAGUCACUUGGCUCAUAGCAGGUGGGAAACAGAACACGAGAAGAAUUCAGAAAGGGGCCAGAGGCCAGAUAUAGACCCAAUGAUCCACCAAGACACAGCCAAAAAGAGGUUGUUCUCGCGAGACCUCCGCGUCGAGCGCGCUCGCACUUUCCCGGCGGCGCUCCAAUCUCCUCAGAGUUGGGGGCUCGGCGGGCGGCGCUCGGGGCUCGAGGGCGGGCGGCGCGGUGUGGAUGGAGGCGCCUGCUCAGCCCGCCUGACUCUGAGCGGCCGGAUUGUGAGGGGAGCGGCGGCGGACUCCGCGGGCCCCAGCUUGGUUGACUAUAUUGUGGAGUAUGACUGUGAUGCUGUACAUGAUGAUGAAUUAACUAUUCGAGUUGGGGAAAUCAUCAGGAAUGUGAAAAAACUACAAGAAGAAGGAUGGCUGGAAGGGGAACUAAAUGGGAGAAGAGGAAUGUUCCCUGAUAAUUUUGUCAAGGAAAUUAAACGAGAAACAGACACUAAGGAUGACAAUUUGCCCAUCAAACGGGAAAGGCAUGGAAAUGUAGCAAGUCUUGUACAACGAAUACGCACUUAUGGCCUUCCAGCUGGAGGAAUUCAGCCUCAUCCACAAACCAAAAACAUUAAGAAGAAGACCAAGAAGCGUCAGUGUAAAGUUCUCUUUGAAUACAUUCCACAGAAUGAGGACGAGCUGGAGCUGCAGGUGGGAGAUAUCACUGAUAUUAAUGAAGAGGUGGAAGAAGGCUGGUGGAGUGGAACCCUGAACCACAAGGUGGGAUUGUUUCCCUCAAACUUCGUGAAGGAGCUGGAGGACACAGACGACAGUGAUUCUCUAGAAGCCCAGGAUGAGCCAGACUCUGUUCUGACUGCGCCAACCUCGCCUUUACCUUCCCCGGGGAAUGGUGGUGAGACUGCACCAGGAACAGUCACUCAGCCAAAGAAAAUUCGAGGAAUUGGGUUUGGAGACAUUUUCAAAGAUGGGUCUUUGAAACUUAGGACAAGAACAUCCAGUAGUGAAACAGAAGAGAAAAAGCCAGAAAAGCCCUUAAUCAUGCAGUCUCUAGGACCCAAAACCCAGAAUGUGGAGAUAACAAAAACAGACACCAAAGGUAAAAUUAAAGCUAAGGAAUAUUGUAGAACAUUAUUUGACUAUGAAGGCUCUAAUGAAGAUGAACCUUCUUUUAAAGAAGGGGAGAUAAUUCGUUUGAUAAGUAAGGAGACUGGAGAGGCUGGCUGGUGGAAGGGUGAGCUGAAUGGGAAGGAAGGAGUGUUUCCAGACAACUUUGCCAUUCAGAUCGGUGACCUGGAUAAGGACUUUCCUAAACCAAAGAAACCACCACCUCCUACCAAAGGUCCAGCUCCAAAGCCUGACACGUUAGCUGCAGAAAAGAAGCUUUUUCCUAUAAAGCCUGAAGAAAAAGAUGAAAACUCACUGCUGGAGCAGAAACCUAAACCAGCUGCUCCACAAGUCCCACCCAAGAAGCCUACUCCACCCACCAAAGCCAACAGUUUGUUGAGAUCUCCUGGAACAGUUUUCCCAAAAAGGCCUGAAAAACCAGUUCCUCCACCACCUCCUUCAGCCAAGAUUAAUGGAGAAAUUUCUACCAUUUCAUCAAAAUUUGAAACUGAGCCAGUAUCAAAACCAAAGCUAGAUUCUGAACAGUUGUCAGUUAGACCAAAAUCAGUAGACCUUGAUUCACUUAUAGCAAGAAGCUCUAAAGAAACAGAUGUUGUAAAUUUUGAUGACAUAGCCUCCUCACAGAACUUGCUACAUCUCACUGCAAAUAGACCAAAGAUGCCUGGCCGCAGGCUCCCGGGCCGCUUCAAUGGUGGACAUUCUCCAACUCACAGCCCAGAAAAAACCUUGAAGUUACCAAAAGAAGAUGAUAGUGCCAACCUAAAACCAUCUGAGUUCAAAAAGGACACGUGCUACUCUCCGAAGCCCUCUGUGCACCUUUCAACACCUUCAAGUGGUUCUCAAGCCAGUGCAGCUGGUUUCCUCACUCCAUUAGAAGUCAAAGCUAAAGUGGAAACAGAUGAUGGGAAAAAAAUUUCUGUGGAUGAACUUCGAGCUCAGAUUAUUGAAUUGAUGUGCAUUGUUGAAGCACUGAAAAAGGAUCAUGGGAAAGAACUGGAAAAACUGAGAAAAGAUUUGGAAGAAGAGAAGGCACUGAGAAGCAAUCUAGAGGUGGAAAUAGAGAAGCUAAAAAAAGCUGUCUUAUCUUCUUGAGGUGGCAUGGACCCAGUGUGUUAACAUUCCAAGGAUUCAGAAGCAACACUAUGAAUUCAACUGACUUGGGCUUUAAAACAUCAAUGUUGGUGAUGUGAUGCAGAAAUAUGAGUAUAUGAACUAUAAUAUCUAUUGAAAAGUUGGGGGAGGGUAAAAUUUUUAUAUAUAUAUUUUGUUUUGCCAAUAUGAAAUGAAACGAGGCCUUAUUUCUUACUGUGCUGGGAUUGCGAACAUUUUUGCUUGUUUGUUUGCUUGAAAAUACUGCUGAGUCUGUA